CGAAGACAAGGCCGCGGCUGGCAAGCCGGCCAAGGGCGAGGCCGUCAACCUCAUCAAGAGCCAGAAGACGAAGGAGGUGGCCAUCACGCUCAACCCGGCCGAGCUCGAGAACCUCACCGACGACAUGCUCAAGGAGAAGUACGAGGCCACGGUCAAGGCCGCCGGCCAGCCCGAGCGGGAGGACAUGAGCGACCUCCUGGCCGAACACACCAAGAAGAAGGCCAAGAAGGACGCCAAGGACAAGAAGAAGUACAAGGAGUUCAAGUUCUAGACGGCGACGACGACGACCACCACCGCUUCGACGAUGAUGUUCGAUCAAGCACACGCAAGAAGAUGAUGAUGGAGAUGAUGACACGAAAGUGUGGUGAGCUUGAUCAAAGUCAUUGUUGUAAACAAGUCCCUUUCUUCUGUUCUUUACAUCCCCGCGCGCCACCCUACGUGCUCACUAUGAACCCUCCAUUCAUCAU